AUGGCCUCUAAAAGAAAAUCCACAAAAAAUACGAGAGAGAAAGUUCAUAAUACGCAAGCACUGCCUAGUAAGGCAACCUCCAUUAGAAAAACAACUCCCGUCAAAGAAGCAACUUCCGUUAAGACACCAGCUUCUAUUAGAAAAGCAGCUCCUGUUAGGAAAGCAGCUCCUGUUAGAAAAGCAGUUCCUGUUAGAAGAGUAUUACCCAUAAAACUCAGCAUACUUCUAUUAUCCGAAACAAAUGACAAAGAACAAAGAAUUGAAAACGUAAUUGAAGAAAUUAUGGAUGAGGAAGAGGAUGAUUUAAGAGAGGAUAAUUUAGGAGAAGAUGGUUUAAAAGAAGAUGGUUUAAGGGAGGAUGUUUUAAGUGAGCAUGGUUUAAGAGAAGAUGUUUUAAGUAAGCAUGGUUUAAGAGAGGAUAAUUUAGGAGAGGAUAAUUUAAGGGAGGAUUAUUUAAGAGAUGAUGAUUUAGAAGAAGAUAAUAGUUAUGCAGUGGUAUCAGUUGACAAUUUCGAUUUUCAUAAUGAGUUGGCAUCAGAGAAUUUUAUAUCUUUAAAAUCUACAAACAGGGAUCCUGCGACAAUGCUAUUCUCAUAUUCAAGGUCUAUAGAAAAGAAUGUAACAAGAAAUAUGCCAUAUACAGCCACAGCAAAUUCGCACUCAAAUAAUGAUAGUGAUUUACCUCAAGAACCCUUUACAAAGCUCAAAAAUGCAUCAAACAAAUUUGAAGUUGCCUCAUGGGUAGCUUUUCAUCUGAGGGUUCUAAAUUUGGCUAAUAAUAUCUUUAAUGCAAGAAAAGCUGAAAUCUUAGAUGAAAUGCACCCAAAGACCAUUGAUUCAUACCAGAUCAUUCAGAGAUUAGUAAG